ACAUUUUUGUGUUUCGAGCAUUAUCUAAUCCGUGACUAUGGCUGAAGAAAGCACUAUCAAAAUUUCUCCCUCUGAGAAAUUAAAGGACUUCAUUCGAGAACACCACAAGGAAUGGGAAGAUGUGCCUGAAAGGAUCAAAGCCGUUUCCAACCCUAACGUUCCUGUACGUAAGCGUGGCGGAAAGGCUGCCCUAUCCCUGGCUGUACCUGACCCAUCACCUUUCCUGCAUGUUGAUGACAUGAACUGGUUGAAUACCCAAGUCAAGAAGCUGCGAGAAAAUGGAGAUCAGUCAUCAGGUGUCUAUCUCCACAAACUGUUGCAGGGCUGUGACAUUGUAUUGCCUCAGCCUCCAGUCAUUGAAAGGAACCCAGAACUGGAAGCUAGAGUGCAAAGGUUGAGGAAAGAGCAAGAGGAUAGACAAUAUAGAGCUAUGACAAAAAAUGUUGACACUGUCAGAAUGAGGCAUCCAGAUGACAGUAUUGGCUAUCAAAUGAAAAUGCUCAACACUCAUAUAGUUGCUAUUGUGCAAUUUAUUGUCUCUGUUGGUGCUGGAUUUACGUUUGGGUUUGUGGGGGUGCAGUUGAUGGUUGGUCCUCUGGACUUUGGCUUUAGACUGCUACUUGGUGUGGCAUGUGCCCUGAUCAUUGCUUUGGCAGAGAUUUACUUCCUUGCCAAGAAAAUCAGUGAAGAUUAUGAUGACAUUCCUCCUUAUCCAAAUUCACCAGCAAAUACAGCUGCUUCUCGUGCUGCCCUAUCUACCAGCACCAGUGUUGGGGGAAAGCUCCAUGAAGACUAAUAAUCAAGACUUUGUUUUCACUUGUUAUGAAAGUGUUGUAUGUUUUGUUUAAAUAUUCUUAAUAAAUAUGUUAGUAGUGAUCAGAA